AUGGUGUGUAGAGUAGCGCCUAAGGACACAACCCAAAGGGGAGAAACUCAAGAUGCUGCACAGGUCGCAGAUUACGAAACGGCUCUGGACGCGGCGGGUUAUGGACGGUUUAGCCGCAGUGUUCUCUUUGCUUGCGCGUGCGCAUUUUUCACAACGGGCGUGCAAAACUGCGUGAUGUCAUACGUGUUGCCUGCCGCUAAGUGCGAGCUCAAACUGACUACGUAUCAAGCUGGGUUAAUUAAUAUGGCUUUCAUGAGUGGUGGGGUUGCGAGUGCUUUCUUCUGGGGCAUAGUAGGUGAUGUAUUCGGAAGAAAGAACAUCCUCAGUAUGACACUACUUGUGGAUUCGACGAUACUUCUCGCUCAAAGUACUGUAUCAGACUACAGGUUGCUGCUAGCAGCCAGGACUAUCAAUGGAUUUUUGAUUGGUGCUCCAUCAACAUUAGUCUUCACUUACUUAUCAGACUUAGUAGGUUACAAAAGAAGACAGCUAUAUUUGGAUAUUACUGGAAUGAGUUUUGUCGCAGCUUGGCUCAUAUUACCUGCGAUCGCAUGGAUAGUGAUACCAUUGCAGUUGGAUGGCUACACCACCCUCUUACCUAUUUACUCAUGGCGACUGUAUCUGGCAUUAGGUAGUAUACCGGGCUUUUUAUCGGGUAUAUGGGUUCUAUUCCUGCCUGAAAGCCCUAGAUUAUUAUCAGAUACCAAUAGAGGAGAUAAGGCAUUAAAAAUUAUGGCUUAUAUCAACAAAUGUAAUAAAGGCAGUAGAGCAGAAUUCAAGAUAAAAAAAUUAAUUCAAGACAAUAUUUUCAUCACAAAAACUCUUUGUGGAGAACAAAAUAGAACAAAAGUACUAUUUAUUGGAGUGUUAAAAGACCUUAAGAUGUUUGUUUCAAAAAUGUAUGCUGUGAAGUCAAGUUUAAUAUUGUUUGUUUUCUUUGCUAAUAUGGCUGCUGGUUUUGGUCUAAAUUUGUGGAUCCCAGAACUCCUUCUUCGAAUGAAAGGCAAGGAUUGUUCAGCUAAUGUCACUUUACCUAAAACCGCCAUGCUAUUUAACGCCAGUAAUAUUGCAUGGAAAGAUAUACCAAAAAUCUAUGACGAGUAUUCCCGAGAGCUAGACAAAUUCAACGCUUCUAAUGUUCACGAAGAAAAAUGCGAUGAAAAUAUUGAUGAUUCGAUAUUCACAUCAGGUUUAAUAGUAGGCGCGUGUUGUGUUCUUGGUAACAUUGCUUGCGCGUUAGUUUCAUCUCGAGGUGGUUAUGGCGUCAGGCGAGCGGCAGCUCUGUGCGCGCUGGCCUGCGCACUGGCGUGUGCUUGUUUGGCGGCUUGUGUGUGUGCUUGCACGGGAACUUCCCAUCUGGCCGUAGCCGCGGCGGCUGCGUUAAACGCUGCAUCAUUGAAUGGAAAUAUUUUACUAAUAAGAGUCUUGUUGCAUGCGUUGCCGGCUAAAUUGGGUGGUCUGGGCGUGUGUUGGGGCGCUUGGUGGGGACGAGCGGGUGGCGUCGCUUCGAACUUAGCAGUUGGCGUACUCUUAGACUACUCCUGUCCUGCACCAUUUGUAUCUGUUGCCACCCUUUUAGCGUUGUCCAUUGGCGGCAUUAUGAUGAUUAAGGUAGAAGACGUAAAAGUAGAUGACGCAAAGACUGAAGACAAUGCUGAGAAGAAUAUAAGCUUAGAUAGAUACAUAUCGACUCACAUG